AGCAAGGGGAGUGUAGUUUGCAGGACACAGGAAAGUUCUCCGCAGACAAAUGUUCUGCGCUCCUCUUCGUCUUCGUCUUUUUUUACGCCCGUGUAUGACAGACAGAAGCUCUGCGUAGAGAUCCCGGAGAAGUGAGCUGAGGGCGCACAGAGGAGGAGGACUGCACGCUCGGUUAAGAAACAGCAGGAGACUGAAAAGGCGCUUCACUGAGAGGGAUCAGAAGCGAAGAGAGAGAGAGAGUGUGUGUGAGAGAGAGAAAGAGAGGCUGGGACAGAGAUCCCAUCUCACUCUCCCAGUUGAGGUCUUGAACGGAUCGCGUCCAGCGCCUCACCACUGCGGGACAAUGUCAAGCAAAGCAACUUUAGCCCUACUCAUCUAUGGAAUCAUAAUGCAUUACAGCGUCCACUGCUCGCCUGUGGGACUCAGCUUCCCCAGUGUUAGACUCGAAAGUGAGGUUUAUGAUGAGGAUGGGAACUCCUUGCCGUCCCUGGAGUAUGACAGGGAGCAAGUGGAUGCGAGAAGCCCUCCGUCCGACUAUGUCUACACUUUGUAUUACCCCACAGAGAAAAGAACGGAAAGGCAUGCAGACGGCAUGUUUAAUAAAGCCUACAGGAAAGCGCUGGGUCAGUUAUCAGCCAGGAAAUAUCUCCAUUCUCUGAUGGCAAAGCGUGUAGGCGGGGGGAAAGCGGAGGAGGACAGCUCAGAGCCUCUGUCCAAGCGACACUCAGACGGGAUCUUCACGGACAGCUACAGCCGCUACCGAAAGCAAAUGGCCGUCAAGAAAUACCUGGCAGCCGUCCUUGGGAAAAGCCUUGAAGACAUAGAUUUUCACCAAAUCCUACAAGACAUAAACUUUGACGCCCUCCCGGACGGGGAUGAGUUUGAGGCUUUUUUGGGAGACUGGCUGAAACAGCUCUCUCCCGAAUUUCUGGUGAGUUUCAGGCUCAUUCCUGAGGCCGCAUCUUUGCAGGGGGAUGUCUCGUGUCCCUCCCCUUUCUUUUUUCCUCUCACCUUUAACUCGCAAACCUUGUGAUCUUUGCUCCGAGCGCUUAAAGCUGACAAUUCUUCCGCCUCAUUUGUGCUCCUGUCUCUCUCGAGUCUCACAGAUUUGACCUUAGAUAGUAGAGAAUGUGCUUAUAAUGGUCUGAUAUGUUAUACAUAUCACUGCUAAUCGAAAAAAAGGGAAAGAAUUAUCAUGCUAAUGAUAUGACGACAAAACUCUGGUUUAGACCAGAUGUGAGAUCCUGUUGGGUUUCAAAAUGCAAAAUAUGAUGCUUGUCAAAAAAAACAAAAAGAAAACAAGACAAAUGUGAAACGAGGACCAGAGUACUUUUGAGGUUUUUCCUUUCAUUUUCUUCCACGGUGUUUACAAAGUGAGCUUUCGCCUCUGACUUGUGUAAAGUGCCAAUCCUGUGUUUCUAUCAGCUGGUUCGUGUGUGUUUGGAAACCUUUUUUUAUUCUGCUCCAGGUUUCCUUUGUGUCUCUCUCUGCCCAUAUAAUAAGUAUCACUGAACAUUUAAAAGCACCAUCGGGCACGUUUUCCAAAAAACACAUACACACACCAAACCAAUGAUACUUGUUACAUGGUAACUUACCCGCUGAUUUGUUCUUCUUUGUGAGAAACAUUACGAGGCAGUUUGGAAUUUGUGUAACCUUCUUGGGUCGACUGUGCUUCCCCUCUUCUGUCAUGUGAACCAAUGUACAAACUACAGUAGAAUGCAUGAUUAAAGUAAUUGCACUAGCCACUGCAUCUGUGCAGAUGACUCCAA